UGUAUCACUUGGAUGUGGACGAUAUUAUUUUUGUUUUGAUAAAUUUGUACAAAAGUAAAAAUAGUGAUAAGAAUAACAAAAUUUAUAAAUGUGGAGAUUUUUAUGAAGUAAUUGGAAACCUUAGUUUGUGGAUAAUUUCAAGUAAUCAAUUACUCUAAACCACCAAGUUUCCAUCUGGACUUCGGUUCUAGCGAGUGAAACUGAAAAUUAUUCAUUGUUUUUUAAAACGAAGUGAUGGUCUGCUCUUAAUACUACUUGUCUGGCUGGGACUUUAUGGAAAGAAAUAUUGAAACGACACAUAGGUGACAAAGGUUUAAGAUGACGGCUGAGAAGACCAAAGGGACUAAGCGGCCGCCGCCCACCAAGAAGGUGGCUCCGGACGGCGGCUGGGCCUGGAUGGUCUGCUUAGGAGUCAGUUUAGUUAAUUUUUCAACGCGAUCUCUGGAGCCCUCCUUCGGUCUGCUAUUCAAGGACCUGUUGGACGACCUGGGGGUCCAUACCACGGGUGCCUCAGUUAUUGCCAGUACCCUGGACUCCGUGGUCAAUUUCUCCGGCUUCUUCGUGGGCCCAGUGAUAAAGACUUUCUCGUAUAGAAAGGUCUGUUUUGUGGGCUCAACAAUAUGCGCCCUAGGAUUACUUUUCACAGCACCGGCUAAUAGCAUGGGCCAUAUUUUAGCCACGUACAGUAUUUUAGGAGGUUUCGGCGUAGGAUUGGCAUCUUCGUCGUCUUUCGUAUCUUUAAACCACUACUUCUCAAAGAAGAGGGGCCAAGCUGUCGGUCUUUCCAUGGCCGGCACUGGGUUCGGUCUCAUGGUGAUGCCACAGUUGGUGAAGAUUCUCCUGGGCGAAUACGGGUUUAGGUGGACCGUGGUUAUAUUGGGAGCACUGGCGUUUCAUGCAGUACUGGGGUCGUGUUUACUUCAACCCGUGAAGAGGCAUCUCAUUGAAGUUCCAGUGGAUUGCGAAAUGCAAAAUAUUAAGGAAAUGGAGUGCAUACACGAGAGCGACGAGGAGAACGAAGACAAAUUCGAAGUAGUCUCGCCCCUGGUCAACCAUCCGAUGCCGAAGUUGACCACGCAGCGCUCCCACGGGAACAUGAACCACCCUUCAGUUCGGACCAUCGGGUUACCCCGGGCAAAGACUUGUGAUAAACCUCUGCAGGAGUUUGAGAAGAAUUGCAAUAAGUUGGGCGCUCUGACCUCUGCGGCGUCUGUCGCGGCCAUGCCUCGGGUGACGUCAAGCGGUAGUAUGAGCGAAGCGGCCAGGAGGCGGAAGGUGUCUGUGAUAUCGAAUAUUUCUAACAUGGACUUCACCGGCAGCUAUUUGCAGCUGUACCUUGAUGCAACUGUAGACGACGCAUUGCAAAUGAAAGCAAUCAAGAAAGCCGAGCCGGUGCCAGAAAAGAAAGAAAAUUUUAUAAAGAAAUUCAUAGCUCUUAUGGAUUUAGAUCUACUUAAAGACUGGUCGUUUUUGAACCUUUUACUUGGCCUCUCUCUAUUUUGGAGCGGGGAAUUACAAUUUAGGAUGUUGACACCAUUCUUCAUAAGAAGUUUGGGCUACAAUACUAAUGAUACGGCGUUCUGUCUGUCCAUGACGGCGAUAACGGAUAUUUUAGUGCGGUUAAUACUACCGCCAAUAUUUGACAGGACAGCUAUAUCGAAGAAAAUGAUUUUCUUUGUGUCUGCGUUCUUUUUAGCGGCUACUAGAUCAGUACUAGCGGAGCAAAGCGAGUGGGUGCCCCUGAUGAUCUGGUUGUCCAUCUGUGGUUUCUUCCGAGGCAUGUGCCUGAGUAACUUUACACUGACUAUCUCUGAAUACUGUCCUCUGGAGAAAUUGCCCGCCGCUUUCGGCUUGCAUAUGGUCAGCAAAGGAGUGCUUGUAGUAUUGUUGGGGCCUGUUAUUGGUUACGUACGAGACUUCACUGGCAGCUUUGCCAUCUGCAUUCACGUACAAAACGCCCUCAUUAUGUCCUGCGUGCUCGUGUGGGGCAUAGAAUACCUGCUCGCUUUUACCCGCCGACGUAAAGUGGUGCAAAUAUGAAGAGUUACAGAAUAGGUGUGCCGGUGUGUUAAAAUGUAGCUAUUUAAUUUAGCUGUGUAUCUUUACGUAGAUAACAGGCUGGCAUUUAUUUUUUUACAUUGUUACAGUUAUUAUAAAGAGGAAAAAAAAUUGUUUUAAGAGAAAAAUAAGUAUAAAUUAUGCAUCAACAUUUCCAAGGUAGGGACGACCUGUCGUUAUAAAAUGCCAAGGCAAUUAUGUAUGGGAAAAUCUCAAGGCAUUUGAACUCGAGUUCUGAAGCGUAAACGCUGAGGAUGAAACUGAGAACAAGAAAAGCUGAGAUAAUACAUUUGUAGGUAAAACUGAUUUUGAUAAUUCUUUCGCAGAAAUAGUAACUAUUAUUUCCAAUAAAAAUGAAAAUUGAACCCACGUCAGGAAAUUUUGUUGCGCUAUCAGUCGUUUAUUUAUAACAUCCACAGAAAAGAUAGAGUACUUCUAUUUUAUUUCGUGAAUUUGCAUUAGCUACAAUAGAUAACCUUUUUGUGUAAAAUACUAGUAAUCUAUCCAUUAGCAAAAGAUAUGUCCUCUUUAUAAUAAUGUAAAUGUUACAACCAUACAGAUGGAUUUAUUAUAAAAAAAUCUGCAAAUCUAUGGUAGUGACAUUCCUAAAAUAAUAAUAAUUAUUAACUAUGUUUGACAAACAGCUUUAUACAGUAAAAAGAAAGAAAUUAAAUCUAAAAACCAAUAGUGAAAUAGCCAGUGAUAAAGAUAAUUAUAUCUACCAUGUAUAAUUAUAAAAGAAAAUAAUUUGAGCUGGUAAAUUAAGGUCCUUUGAAUUAUAGGAUUCUAACCUAACUCGACGAUAUUAUGAUAAUUAAAUACAUGUUAAUAACUGAUGAUACCACGUUCAGCAUAUCUAGUACAUUUUUAAUAUCGUCUUGCCUUAUGUAGUAUCUUUAUUUAUACACAUACAUAUACAAGUUUAAACACAUAUAUAUAUACACUUUAUGUAUGUAACAGUCUUGUCUUAUGUAUGUAUGUAAAAUUUGCCUACUUUGCGUAACCAUUUGUGAGAGAUGCAAUUCUCGAUUUUUUAGAUUGAAAUAAAAAAUGACAAAAUUAGAGCUCUCUUUGAAUGAAGUUAAAAUGACGGAACAGUCAAAACAUUUGUUUUGAUGUAAAAUAGAAUGUUGACUCUUUUAUGUCAAAACUCUAUGGUCUUUACUUAAUGGACGAAAUGAUCAUGAUAUAUUUUAUAUUAAAUGUAGUUUCUUCUUUUGUAGAUAUAAUCAUAAAUUGAAAUUUUAUGACACGGAUAUUAUGUAACUUUUACAAAAAAGACCUUUUCGAAUAAUAUAUUCGUUCGGUAUAGUAAUUUUAGACGACUAUUUCUGAUUUUAAAAUAAGAUAUGUAUACACGCUGCAAUUAUUAUUUUUCUAAAGUGUAAGAUUAAAUAUAAUUGCCGUUUAAAUGUGUACUUAACUUACGCCAUUUUUUUAAAACUAUUGAUAACAUAAUAAACAAAAUUGCAACACAUAUAGUAGUAUGGAAAUUGCGAUUUUUAUGCAGAACUACAAAAAUUUUAAUCGAAAUGCAAAACAAUGAAUGAUGUAAAAUUGUGUCUCCAAUUUGCCAAAAGUGUACAUAAUUAAAUUAGUCUUCCAAAAAAAAUAUUUUAUCCUUAUAAUUUUGGUGUAGCAACGUGCGCUUCUGAAUGUGUGAUUUUUGACCAAAUAUAAGUACUUACAUAAUUUUAUUUUAUUGUCUAUGUAAGUACGUUAUUGUAUGACAAAUAUAUCAAAUAUUCUAUACCCAUAAGGGUACUUACUGUAUCUACAGUUCGCUCCUAAUAUGUUGUAUGGAGUCUGUUGUAUUUUUGUACUUAUCUCUUUAUUAGAUGUUAGAAAUUUGUAUGCUGAUUUUUCUAAUGUUCAGAUAAUAUUUCUUUAAUUAAACGUUAUUCUUUAGGUACGCCAUCGGUAAUAGAAAAUAGAAUCCUUAGAUUAAGAUACCAUAACUGUUUGUUGAGUUUCAUUCAAUAGAAUUAAAUUUAACUUUAAAAAAAUGUUAUCAUGUAAUGCUAAAAUUUAAUAUCUGAACAUUAGAGGAAAACGUACUAUCAAUUUGAGAAAUGUAUGUGCCAAUGUACAUAAAGUGGAGUAUCUAGUAAGAUUUACAAUCUUUUGAUCCUUUUUAUGUUAAGUUACAAUCGAUUGUGAAGACGAUAUCAAUAAAAAUAGGUAUCACGCCAAUAUAUCAGUGCGUAUGACUCGUAGCUUCUAUUUUAGGCUUUUACAAUAUUGAUUUCGUCUUAAGUUUUUUCAUUCAUUCAUUCUUGAUGUUUUAUGAUCAGAAACAUUUAUUACUUAUUCUAUUUGGUAUCAUAAAUUGUUAGAAACAUUGUAAAAAUGUACAAUUUACGCAGUUAGAUUUAAGUGAAAUAUAAAGAUCACUAAUACAAUAUGUACUAUAAAUAUAAUACAGGUUUCUAUACGAUCUUUAUGAAGGUCACAAAAUUAUAUUUUUAAUUUGUAUUCGUUUUUCUCUUUUGUUUUGAUUUAUGAUGGAGAUAAUAUAAAUCUUUAUAAUUACUUUUAUAGUGACUGUUUGGGAUAACAUAUUAACUUUUUUUUU